CAACGCUUUUACAGCCAUCGAGUCAGGCGCAACAUUGCACCUGCUUUUCUAAUAGAUAUCUCCACCAAACAGGCGGAUUUCUUGAGACUUAAUAUAAUUCUCGUUUAACCUACAUCCAUGCGAUUCUUCAGGCUGACCUUUAAGUGCUUUGUCGACUGCUUUUGAGAGCAUUUUAUUCAUCCUUCUGUCUGCGACGCACUUCAGUUGUUAAAAUUUGGAGCUCAACCCUAUCAACCUUCUGCCGAAGAUCAAUUUCAUACACUCAAACAGAGAGCAACCCCACGGGAAAGUACUGAACACGUAUUACAAUUUUUAAACGCCAAGAACCGUUAUUUGUAUAUUCACGGGCGCGCGGCAUGUCGCCAGAAGAACAUCUCUCUAAUGAUGACGACACAUGUCAGGAUGAAUCUCAGGAGGAAGCAGAAGUCGCCCGCCCUCUGGUGUCAGAUGCAGACAUGGGUGAGCCGAGUGUUUGCACGGGUCUGGUGGAAACAUGCGGCCAUACUGCAGAACUGGGCCAUUCAGAUCGACAAACAUGGAGCAGACAAAUGGACUUUAUCAUGUCCUGUGUGGGAUUUGCUGUUGGCCUUGGAAAUGUCUGGAGAUUUCCUUAUCUCUGUUAUAAGAAUGGAGGAGGUGUGUUUCUGAUCCCCUAUGUUCUAAUGGUGUUUUUCGGGGGUAUUCCAGUGUUCUUCCUUGAGAUUGCACUGGGUCAGUUCAUGAAACAAGGUGGGGUCGCAACAUGGAACAUCGCCCCUCUUUUUAAAGGGCUUGGUCUGGCAUCAAUGGUGAUCGUGUUCUUCUGCAACACCUAUUACAUCAUGGUUCUGGUUUGGGGUCUGUACUUUCUGGUUCACUCUUUCACUUCCCCUUUGCCGUGGGCCACUUGUGGGCAUGAAUGGAACACGGUCAACUGUACCACCAACUUUAGCCGGGUGGGUUCAAAUCAAUCACUGUCCACUUCCUCCCUAAACAUCUCCUCCCUCAAUGGCAGCUGCCUGGAGCCCAGGGCUUUGCGAUCAUCUGUCAUGGAAUUCUGGGAGCGAAAAGUGCUACGUCUUUCUGGUGGUUUGGAUGAAGUGGGUGACAUCAGCGGUCACAUGGUCUUGUGCCUUCUUGCUACGUGGGUCAUCGUCUACUUCUGCAUCUGGAAGGGUGUUAAGUCCACUGGCAAGAUUGUAUAUUUCACAGCUCUGUUCCCAUACCUGGUCCUGGUGGUCUUGUUUGUUCAUGGUGUCUCAUUGCCUGGAGCUAAAAACGGCAUUAUUUACUAUCUGAAACCUAACUGGAGUAAACUUUCAGAAGCACAGGUAUGGAUCGAUGCUGCCACACAGAUCUUCUUUUCUUAUGCUAUUGGUCUGGGGGCACUAACGGCCCUUGGGAGCUACAACCGCUUUAACAACAACUGUUACCAGGAUGCAUUUAUUUUGGCUUUCAUAAACAGUGGAACAAGCUUCUUUGCAGGGUUUGUUGUUUUCUCAGUACUGGGUUUCAUGGCAGCUGAACAGGGUGUUGACAUCAGUAAUGUGGCAGAAAGUGGUCCUGGUUUAGCAUUUAUUGCCUAUCCAAAAGCAGUGUCACUCAUGCCGUUAGCUCCGCUGUGGGCGGUACUGUUCUUCCUCAUGCUUCUGGUGCUGGGAUUGGACAGUCAGUUUGUUGGUGUUGAAGGCUUUAUCACUGGAAUCAUGGACAUGCUGCCCCCAAAAUCAUUCCUUGGCUCUCUGCGUCGAGAAAUUGUUGUCCUAAUAUGCUGUUUCACCUGUUUCACUAUUGAUCUUUCCAUGGUAACAGAGGGAGGGAUGUAUGUGUUUCAGUUAUUUGAUUAUUACUCAGCGAGUGGGAUUACUCUCCUUUGGCAAGCCUUCUGGGAGUGUGUGGUGGUGGCCUGGGUGUAUGGUGCUGAUCGAUUUAUGGACAAUGUGGCCUGUAUGAUUGGCUAUCGUCCUCUGCCGUAUAUGAAGUGGUGCUGGUCUUACAUCACACCAGUAGUGUGCAUGGGUGUUUUCUUGUUUCAUGUGAUCAACUACAAGCGCUUAGUGUAUAAUGGUGUGUAUUUGUACCCGUGGUGGGGUGAGGUGCUGGGCUGGUUUCUUGCUCUCUCAUCCAUGCUUUGCAUUCCUCUCACCGUCCUCUACAAACUGCUGCACAGCAAAGGCUCACUCACUGAGCGUUGGCAGCAUUUGACCACACCUAUCUGGGGGCGACAUCACCUGGAGUUCCUUCCACCGGAGAAUGAAGCCAGACUUCUACCGAAGCCAGAAGUGAAUAAAAGCACUCUGUUAUAUGAAAGUGUCAUUUAAAACCCCUUCAAACACAUCACUGUCCAGUGUGAAACAAGAGCAUAAACUCUGCCCUCAUCAAAAACAAACAGCACUGCCCUGCACCUUGAAGGGAUAGUUCACCCAAAAAUUUUAAUUCGGUCAUUUACUCUCCUCAUACCAUAGAUAUUAAUGAGAAACAACCUGAUAAUAUUGAUGUCCAUUUGAACAUUCACGUGUGCAUAAAAGAAACUGACAAGUUACAGAAAAAUUAUUUACAUUUUAGGUUGUUUCUCAUCAAACCAAUAUAAUUUGGCUUCACAAGAUUUUGAAUAUGAUGCACGAAACACAUGGACUACUUUUAUGAUACUUUUGGGUCCUGUUUGUAAGCUUUAAAGUGAGUCCCUAUCGAUUGCUAUUGCAUUGAAAAGACAGACCAGAAUAUUGAUUACAAUUUUUCUUUUGUUAUCUGCUUACGAAAGGAAGUCAUAAUUUGGAACGACAUGAGGGUAAGAAUAUGAUGAUAGAAUUUUUAUUUGGGUUAACUAUAACUUUACACUUCACGCAGAGCUGUACUGAGCUCAUAAUAGAGAAAAAUUGAACUCCGAUCCAUACUAUACACCAGGGUGUUACAGCCUAUAUGCCAUAAACAGUGUAAUAUCAGUAAAGCACUUAACCUCAAUCUGUCUGGCCCACCAGAGCCUGUACAUAUCAGCUAUCAUGAAGUAAUGAUGCCGAUUUUGUCCCAGCUCUCUUCUUUCAAUAUAAUUAUAUUUCAGAAAAUGGCCUUAGGUGCAUAAGAUACUCAUGCGUGCUUGUGUGGGACCAACAGUAAUCUACCAAGUGUGUUUGUUGUGUACAGCAUAAGCACUGGAUCUUUCAGCAGUGUUGUGGAGCAGAGACUCAUUAAUAAAAAUAAUAUUGUGCAUUUAUUUGGUUUGAUAUAAAUCGUUAUGCAUGCACAUUUUGAAUAUCUAAAAUUAUGCUUGUUUUUUUUUUCAAAUAAAAUCUAUAAAAAUAUAAAAUUGUCUGAUCAUCUGAUGAACAACAAACAUUUAAAAAUAAAAUGAAUGUUUCACUUUAAAGGUUCUUUUGCAUUAUACACAAAACAUAGCUAAACAUAUCACAUAAAAAAAACUCAUGCAAAAAUUUUGUUUGUGGAUUUCUCAUCAGCUUUUAACUGUAUUUCUCCCAGUACAUUAGCUGCCAUUUUGGCAAAAGAUUUUUUUAUAGAUAGUAGGACACUUGCUUGGGUGGUAAACUUUCUAAGUUCUAGAAUUCAGCAGGUUAAAAUAGGAGGGUCCAUUUCAGACAAUUUGAUUUCCUCAGUCGGAGCUCCCCAAGGAUGUGUUUUAUCUCCGUUACUAUUUAUUUUAUAUACAAAUUCUUGCGUGAGUUCUUUCAAAAAUAGACAUAUUGUAAAGUAUGCAGAUGAUACUGCUUUAGUGAGUCUUUUAUACGAUGGGGAGGAAGAACAUGGGCCUGUUCUGGACUUUUUUUUAAAUUGGUGUGAAAAUUUAAAUCUUACUUUAAACAUUUCAAAAACUAAGGAAAUGGUUAUUGAUUUUAGAGAGAAAGAACAAAGUGAAAUUCAUUUUACAUUAAUUAACGGGGAGCAAGUACAGUUAGUGACAAAUUAUAAAUAUCUUGGUGUAAUGCUGGACAAUAAACUUAAGUGGGAUGUAUGGUCUGACUGUGUAAGUAAAAAGCUUCAACAGAGAAUGUACUUCUUAAAGAAAUUACUGUACUUUAAUGUUCAAAAUAGAACACUGUUGAUGUUUUAUGGGGCUUUUAUUGAAAGCAUUGUGUCUUUUUGUGUGAUUUGCUGGUAUGGUAAUGCCUCUGAAGCUCAGAAGAGAUCAUUGGGGAAGGUGGUAGUAACAGCAAGUAAAUUACUAGGAACAAAGUUAGAGAGUAUAGAGAGUAUAUACAAAGGAAGAGUGUUAAACAAGGCUAACAUCAUUGUGAAUGAUAAAAGGCACCCUUUAUCCUAUACUUUUGAACUACUACCAUCAAGUCGACGAUACUGCUUACCUAGAUGUUUAAAAAAUAGGUUUAAAUUUUCUUUUAUUCCUCAAGCAAUUAAGUUUUUAAAUCAUCCUCCCCCUAGUGGUAGUAGAUGAAAUAGAUGCUAGACUGGAUAUCUUAAUUAUGUUUACUAUUAUAUUUUAUUUUAUGUAUUCAAAUUGUAAAUAAUAUGUCAAAUGUGAA